CAUUGCCUUCAAGCUUAUUCUGUUCAUCAUCUUUAAGAUCCAUGGCAGACAUUAGUAUUCUCAGGUGAAAGAUUGCGAGAAGUGAGAGUGAUUUCUUUUCUUUGAAGGCAGUGUGAGAUUCCAGGAAAGGAGAAACCUUUCUCUCUGGAAAGGUCUUUGCAGAGCUUGAAGCCUUCCAUACUGGGAGAAUCUCCACUGCCAAGCACUGUGAGAUUUCCUUCUCCUUUAGAAGGAGAGACUCCACAAGAAGCUAUGAGCUACUUUUUCACUUGCUUCCUUGACAAGUCUUAACUGAAUUUGGAGUUGUAACGCAGUGCUGCUCAUUUUGUUGCUUGUUUGUGCUGGAACAGAGACUUCCAGUUAUACAAUGUGCAUGGGAUCAAUCUCUGCAGAAUGGUGGGCUUACAAAUGCUUGCUGUAGCCUGAUUUGUCAUCAAAUAAAUGUGCUAGCAUGUCAGCUUGAGAGCUAAUGAUAUCAUCAAGGUUACAAAUGGAAAGGCUUUACUUGAUAGCUGGUGCUUGUCAGGCUGACUUACUUGGUCCAUGCAGAAGGCGUUGGGGAGGAAAAAAAUUGAGCCAAGAAAAAUGAAAAAUGGAAGGGACCGGAGACCAUUGUAUGUCUUGUGCAAAACCCUAGAGUUUCCAGCCUCUGGGGAGAGCAGAUUGAUUGUCCACAUAGUUUGUCCCACAUAGUUGUGGAGUUUCUUCUUAAAACCUCAAAUUAGUUUUUGGCAAGCUGCAGCACCAAAGAGUGCCUGGUGUCUGCAGGGGAGUUGUCCUGGGGCAGCCUUGGUAGUCCAAGGGUACUUGUGAUGGUCUGUGGUGUUCCAAAGAGCAAAGGCUGCUUUUUCUGCGUGUCCGCCUCCCUUUACUCCUGCCUGAACCCCUUAGGUAAAUGGAAGAUGGGAGGGUGUGCAAUUUCAUUUCCCUGAAGUGCCUGCCUCCAGCUCCCUCUGAGCUGUUGGAUCUUCAUCUCAGUAAAUUUUGUCUUUAAACUCUCUCCUGUCUGCUUAGGAGAGAGCGUGAGCUCCCUGAGUGACAGUUUGCAAAGUUUAUCUACAAAGGAUAUUUCAUAAAGCUAAUUAUACUGUAUGAGAGCUAAUGAGCGUGUGUAUUUUUGGUGCUGCCCAGCUGGGAAACUGCGAGGGCAUCCCUUGCUUUGCCUCAUUUGACUUUUAACAUAAGUUUUUAAUCUUAGUGACUCACCCUUAGGCCACACCAAAUCAUGUUGUGGAAACCAAAUAUGGGAAGCCCAAAGGAAGCUCUUUUCAGCUGUGUGCAAAGAAAAGACAGAACCUAACUUUCACUGUCCUGAGAAGUCAAAGGAGCUCUUGGAGGAUGGGAUUGAACAGCACUGUUGCUGUCUGUGUUUAGGGGGAGACAAGGAGAGGCAGAAAAGACAGUGGAGAACUGUGUGGUGAAUCCCAUCAGAGACUCCCCUUCUCCUUGGGAAUGCUGAGUGCUGCUUUUGGUAGGAGUGAAUCUGCUCCUCUGUGCAUCUUGUGAAAUACCGCAUUAUGGAUUCCCUGCGUGACAGACCUGUUCUCAUGCUGGCUUGCAGCUCUGCAGCGCUCUCGUGGCUACAGCAGCUGCUCCUGUUUUCAUACUGCAUUAGAGGCUAAACAAAACGUGUCUGUGGGUGAGGAUGGCGUAACAGUUUUGUUCAAGAGAAAUGUUGUAUUUAUGGGAGGUACGAGAUGUUUACGGAGGGUAUGGCUCAAUUAGAGUGAAAGCCCAUUUUCAGAGGCAUGUAUAGUUCUCCCUUGAAAGCCAGUGAAGCAAAUCAAAAUUCUGAAGCAAGGUUUGUCUACAUCUAGACCACUUUAAUAGAAACAACAUAAUGUCCCCCCAGAUUGCAUCCUACUGUUCUUCAAACAAAAUGAAAGGGCAAUUUUAGAACUUGAGAUGUGGUGUGGAAAGUACAGUGUAUCCCAGCCUUGAGAGGCUUUGAUCAGAGUGAUUGGUUUUAUUAGCUUAAUUCCAGCAAACAGAAAUCAAUUCUCCUUGCUCAAGACAAUAUUAGCAUUAGUUUAGUUUAUUCAGGGAUAACUAGUUAAGGGUAAGUGGUGCUCAGUCAGGAAAUGAAACCCCUGGACUUUUACUGAGGAAGCUGCCAAGUCAGGGUUAAUGAGGAGAAUGCUGAAAAUGUAAUGAAUGCUUCAAGUGCUUUUUUUUCUUUCUCCCUGUGCUAUUCUUCUGUUGUAAUUGUUUGCAUAAAGCUCAGAAGGGCCACUAAGAAGGGACAUGCUCCUCGAGCACGACACAUACAUACUAGAAGGUCUGUGUGUUUAGAUUUUGCCCUCGCAGACACUCAUUUUGCAUCCAAACAUCUGAACUCUUCUGGAGCCAGAGAGGGUUAGAUGGCUUACAAGGAACAUGAUUGAGUAGAGUUGAACAUUUUUUGUUCAGACCUUCAUGCCCUCUAGAUUUUAAGAUGAGAAAUAUGGGGAAGCUGUGUCAGAUGUAGUGAGGCAAUGUCAUCACACAAAAGCUCAAUAGAUGCUGUAAAUCAUAAAGGUGGGCUGCUUUUGACAGGGGUGAAAGUGAGUGUCAGAAGGUGAAGAAGACCAGGGUACAUCUAAGUGGAUUUUUAAAUACAGCGGGCUGCCGUUUCUCAAUCUUGCCCCACUGCAGCAUUUUACAGAGUGUACAGAUUCAAGUUGUAUCUCUUUAAUCUCAGUUUUGUAUAAAUGUACAGAGCUAUACAAGAGAUGAUGAAGAACAAAACACCAGGUAAAUGGAGCAGGGCCACUUUCUCCUACCUCACUUGUCUCAGUUAGAGGCAGUCUGCUGGGCUAUAGAUCAGCUCCACUGUGAUCUGGGAGAGCAGUUGUUGUUAUUAGCUGUUUAAAAUUGUGCCCUGAAAUGAAUAGGAUCUGUUAAACUAUACUUACAGAUUACUUGCAGUUAUGAAGUUAUCUAAUAAUUGAAUAUUUUCUUUCUGUGUGUCUUAAAGAUAGCGUAUCUUGCAGUUUGCUUUUCAACUCAUGCUUUGCAGGGUGAUUUGGACUUGUGAUUAUGACAACUCAACUGUGAGAGCCAAUGAGCUAUAGGUGGAUUUUCAAAGGCUGCUUAACCUGUUAGAAUUCUGAUCCUCUUCUCCAAGCAUGUGGCAGUGCCACUAAGUGCUUGCAGUUAGCACCUGACACAUGGGUGGAUGUCCUAGGCUUGAUCCUGUGCUCUCAGGACACAUUUCCUCUGGCAAAAUCAUUCUCCAGGCCUCAGGUUUGCUUAUAAGUAUGUGUGUAUAUAUAUAUAUUUUCUCUCUUUUUCUAUUUUUUUUUUCUGUCAUUGCAGCAGCUAUAGAACAAGUCACGCUGUUGGAUAAUGUUGUAAGAGCUCUGUUAGAUCAUUUCUUCAAAGACAUUUAAGUCAAGCUGUCAGAGAUUUUCCACGAGCCCUGGACCCCUGCUCUGCCUACAUCAGCCUGAACGAGCCCUGGCGGAACACCGAUCAUCAGAUAAAUGGCUCCCACGGCCAGCCCACGUGCGAUAACCAGAUCGACGGGGAGUGGUACCGCUUCACCGGCAUGGCUGGCGAUGCUAUGCCUACCUUCUGCAUCCCCGAGAACCACUGUGGGACACAUGCUCCCAUCUGGCUGAACGGCAGCCACCCCCGAGAGUCGGAUGGCGUCGUCUCACGCCAGGCGUGUGCCAGCUUCAGUGGGAACUGCUGCCUUUGGAAUACCACGAUUGACGUCAAGGCGUGCCCGGGCGGCUACUACGUCUAUCACUUAACAAAGCCCAGUGUCUGCUUCCAUGCGUACUGUGGGCAUUUUUACGACAUCUGUGAUGUGGUGGAUUGCCAGGGCUCCUGUCUGGACACCAAUGACUGCACAUGUUCCCCGGGGACAACACUUGGACCUGAUGGACAGACGUGUCUUGAUGAAAAUGAAUGUGAGCAGGACAAUGGAGGCUGCAGUGAAUUUUGUGUUAACCUGAAGAACUCCUUCCGCUGUGAGUGUGGGAUUGGGCGCACGCUGGGAAGCGAUGGGAAAACCUGUGAAGAAAUCGAAGGCUGUCACAAUAACAAUGGAGGCUGCAGCCAUACCUGUAUUGAAGUGGAAGACACAUACCAGUGUGAAUGCCCAAGGGGACUUGUUCUGUCAGAAGACAACCACACCUGCCAAGUUCCAGUGCUCUGCAAGUCCAGCUCUAUUGAGGUGAGCAUCCCAAAGGAUCUGGUUGGAGGCUUGGACCUUUCUCUCAUCAACACUUCCUGCAAAGGAGUAUCCAACGGCACUCAUGUCAACAUCCAUUUCUCCUUGAAAUCCUGUGGCACUGUUGUAGAUGUCAUAAAUGACAAAAUCGUUGCCACCAAUCUGGUGACUGGCUUGCCAAAGCAGACUCCAGGGAGCAACGGGGACAUCAUUGUCCGCACCAGCAAGCUGCUGAUCCCAGUGACCUGUGAGUUCCCACGCCGGUACACAAUCUCUGAAGGUUACGUGCCCAAUCUCAAGAACUCACCCUUGGAAAUAAUGAGUCGUAACAGAGGCAUCUUCCCCUUCACCCUUGAGAUCUUCAAAGAUAAAGACUUUGAUGAACCCUACAGGGGUGCUCCUCCCACCCUCAAGCUUCGGGACUCUCUGUACUUUGGGAUUGAGCCCUUGGUGCAUGUCAAUGGACUGGAGACACUCGUUGAGAGCUGCUUUGCCACUCCCACCUCCAAAAUCGAUGAGAUCCUGAAGUACUACCUGAUUCAAGAUGGCUGCGUUUCUGAUGAUUCAGUGAAACAGUACACGUCAAAAGAUCAUCUUGCCAAGCAUUUCCAGGUUCCUGUGUUCAAGUUUGUGGGCAAAGACAACAAGGAAGUGUUCUUGCACUGCCGCAUCCUUGUGUGCGGGGCGCUGGAUGAAAGCUCCCGCUGCGCCCAGGGCUGCCGGCGGAGGGUGCGCAGGUCAGCUGGGACGGAGGAGCAGGACGAGCCCAGGAACUUGGCAAACCACCUCCUGACAGGUGGCCCCAUCAGAAUUGACUUCGACGACUGACACCCAACCCCUGGAACAGCGUCUCUGCCUGGGACCACUCUUAGCGGUGUUUUCUUUCUUGGUUGUUUGAGAAAUGAGAGGUGUUUGACAAAGCCCUACUUGAACCUCAGGACUUGUUCCCUAGCUGUGUGAUGGUUGGUUGCGAAGCAGCCUUGGCACUUGAGGCAGCCAUCUGAGAACAAGCCAGAUGGCAGAGCAGUUUGGUUUUAGCUCCAUUCUGUUGGUUGAAAGAAUCCUGCUGCUUUGCAGUCUUGACCCGUUACCCAAAUUUGUCUGUCCCUACAGCCACCCACAGGUUCCACAGGACUGUUCAUCUUGGGCUCAACGUACUAUUCAAGCCCUUCUUUCAUCAGAUUAUACAAACAGUAUUGUACCUGAACGCGUUUGCUGUGCGGUUCUGCGAAUGAUGCUGAAGCUUUUGGAUGUGCUGUGAUUUUGGAUGACCUUUAAUAAAAAUGUAUAAAAAUUUAUAUAUCCCAUAACGUGCAAGUUCCUUGGCGCUACUGAACAGUUGUCAAUUCAGGCAGCUGAAACUAGGUCUAUCACAGGCACAUUUGUAGGUUAUUUUAAAGAAGUCAUAGGUAUUUAAGAACAUUUUUUAAUUGUCUUUUGAUAAUUGCAUGCAGUUUGUGUCUCUUGUAUUUAGCCUAUCAUUGUUCUUUCUUUUCUGUUUUCUCUCCAUCCCUUCCAACAGUGUGGUGCCUAUUGUAAGUGCUGUAGCACUUCUGUUUGAAGAAAAAGAUCAUUAAAAAUCUAAACACGCCCA